AUGUUCUUCGAAAGGGCAAACGGAGACCCACUUUUACUGCAGCCAGUGAAAACCACGCAGAAAUACCAGUUCAAAUGGUUUCACAUCCUCGUUGCGGCCCUCACUAUUCUUGGACUCAAAUUCCUGGUGAUGCCCGCGCACGAUGCGGUCUCCACCGUGUACUAUUCGCGUCAUCGGACCGUACAGAGGCGACAGGAGGGUGUCUGCCCUCAACCACAGCCUCCCGCGCAGGCUUCGAAUAUUUCUGCAUUUGUGGAUGCUCCUGGCUUCGCAUCUGAGGCUGCGACACGGCUUGCUGGAGCCAUCCAGAUCCCCACCGUGACCUUUGAUGACAUGGGUCCAGCGGGCGAAGAUGAACGCUGGGCCCCCUUCGAAGAUUUACAUGCCUAUCUUCGGACGACUUUCCCAGCCGUACAUUCUGACCUGGAGCUGACGGUCAUCGCGGGUUACUCUUUGGUCUAUACUUGGCCCGGCUCCGUUGAGAACGCUGGACCGCUCAUGCUUACUGGCCAUCUCGACGUCGUCCCCGUUACUGCGCUUGAUCGCUGGACUUAUCCUCCCUUCUCCGGCACCAUCGACGAAGAGUGGAUACACGGCCGUGGCGCUUGGGACUGCAAAAACAGCGUUAUCGGUAUCCUAACUGCAGUCGAGCACCUUAUCACUAUCGGCUGGAAACCACGCAGAACAAUUAUUCUCGCCUUCGGGCAGGACGAAGAGAUCAGUGGACCGCGCGGAGCUGCCAAUAUUGGAAAGCAUCUCGAAGCGCAGUAUGGGAAACAUGGAAUAGCCUUGUUGGUGGACGAAGGAGGCUCAGGCCUGAACACCGUCUAUGGCAGCCAGUUUGCGCUUCCUGGCGUCGCGGAAAAGGGAUAUAUCAACGUUGAGAUCGAUGUUGACAUGGCGGGGGGCCACUCGUCCGUCCCACCGGCACACACGAGUAUCGGCAUCUUAUCCAAAAUUGUCUCUGCGAUAGAGGACGCUUCUGUCUUCCAGCCACAUAUCGAAAUAACGAGCCCGAUCUGGAGCUACCUUGAAUGCGUAGCUAGGCACGGCGACGCCUCGCAGACGCCCUCUUGGAUAACGGAUGCCAUAUCAUCUAGCAACCCAGAUUUGAAUGAGGUCGCCAACCGAUUUGCAGAGACGUCUCUGGGUAACAGAUACCUCGUUCAGACGUCGAAGGCCGCCACCAUCUUUAAUGCUGGCCUCAAGAGCAACGCACUUGCAGAGAAUGCCCAUGCUUUGUUUAACACACGCAUCGAAAUCUUCAGUUCGCCACCUGAGGUCCAGGAGAGUUAUUUCGGGCUAAUUCAACCGAUAGCGGAGGAAUACUCUCUUCUUUUGAAUGGGGACCGAGUCUCUGAGGGUGCGACGAUCGGGAACAUUACGAUCGAGUGGAACAAGUCGAUGAAUCCCAGCCCAAUCGCGCCUUCCACUAUAGCCUCGGAGGGUUGGGAUAUCUUUUCGCGAGCUGUCCAAGCAACCUUUGGGGAAGAAGUCAUCACUGCGCCAAGCGCGAUGACUGGGAACACCGACACGCGUCAUUAUUGGAACCUGUCGGAAAACAUUUAUCGUUGGAGUCCCAACCGUGUCGGAACGACAUUGGGCAUUCAUACUGUGGACGAGAGAAUCAAAAUCGUUACCCACGUCGAGGGCAUCAAGUUCUAUACAGAACUCAUACUCCAGUCCGACGCCAGAGCCUAA